AGGGUUAGGGUUUUGUAUUUGCUUCCUACAACCCCCGAUAUAUAUACUCCUCCUUCCGUCAUUUUCCACUCUACACCAUUUUAUACUACUCUCCAUUUCUUCCUUUUUGCACAGAUUAUCAAAGCAAUUUCGAAAAUGGAGCAAACUUUCAUCAUGAUCAAGCCCGAUGGUGUCCAAAGGGGACUGGUUGGUGAGAUUAUCUGCAGAUUUGAGAAGAAGGGUUUCUCAUUGAAAGCUUUGAAAUUUGUGAAUGUGGACCGCCCUUUUGCUGAGAAGCACUACGCUGACUUGUCUGCAAAGCCCUUCUUCAACGGUUUGGUUGAGUACAUUGUUUCUGGACCCGUUGUUGCUAUGGUCUGGGAGGGUAAGGGAGUUGUUGCUACCGGAAGGAAGCUCAUUGGAGCCACCAACCCUCUUGCUUCAGAGCCAGGAACCAUCCGUGGUGAUUUCGCCAUCGACAUUGGCAGAAAUGUCAUCCAUGGCAGUGAUGCUGUUGACAGUGCAACAAAGGAGAUUGCUCUGUGGUUCCCUGAUGGAGUUGUCCACUGGCAAAGCAGCCUACACUCAUGGAUCUAUGAAUAGAUCUUUACCUGCUUGAAAUAUUUUACUUGCCAAGCCUCUGUAACUCAACUAGCUAAGAGUUGGUAUCAUCCUUAAGAAACAUGUUUGGCAAAGUAGAACUUAUUUUCGCGUUGGUUAAAACUUAGUAGACAGCACUUUUGUUUGCGGAAUUCUGUUUACUGUUGUUGCCUUGGUGGGUUUUGCAGGAGAGUUUUGAUGACUAGUAUUUAUAGUAGUUGAAUGAAAUUUAUGGUUGUUGGUGCGGCCUAUUAUCCUUAAA